UUCACACUCAACUCAGCCGCUGCUCUUCAGUCACUCACUCUCUCUCUCUGUCACUCACAGUCAAAAACAGAGAGAAACCCAUCGAAAUCGCAGCCGACCGAAACGCAAACGCGGUAAUGGAAGAGAGACCUGAAACAGAACUGAUAUCAAUACCGGCGACGCCGCGAGUCUCGACGCCGGAGAUACAAACGCCGUCGGGGCAGAGAUCGCCGCGUCCGGCGUCUAAGGACGCGAAAUCUUCGGCGGCUUGGACGCCGACUUCGUUUAUAUCGCCUCGUUUCUUGAGCCCCAUUGGAACGCCGAUGAAACGCGUUUUGGUGAACAUGAAGGGUUACCUGGAAGAAGUCGGCCAUCUCACCAAGCUUAACCCUCAGGACGCUUGGCUUCCAAUCACCGAGUCGCGAAACGGAAACGCUCACUACGCUGCGUUUCACAAUCUGAACGCCGGUGUUGGAUUUCAGGCCCUUUUACUCCCCGUAGCGUUUGCGUUUCUUGGAUGGAGUUGGGGAAUACUCGCCUUGACGAUAGCUUAUUGUUGGCAGCUCUACACAUUGUGGAUCCUUGUUCAGCUGCACGAAGCCGUCCCCGGGAAACGUUACAACCGAUACGUAGAACUUGCACAAGCCGCUUUUGGAGAAAGGUUGGGCGUUUGGCUCGCCCUCUUUCCGACCGUUUACCUGUCAGCNGGAACUGCAACUGCCUUGAUUCUUAUCGGCGGAGAGACGAUGAAACUGUUCUUCCAAAUAGUUUGCGGGCCACUCUGUACGUCUAACCCUUUAACGACGGUGGAAUGGUACUUGGUGUUUACGUCACUCUGCAUCGUCCUCUCUCAGCUCCCGAACCUCAAUUCAAUAGCUGGACUCUCCUUGAUCGGAGCCGUGACCGCGAUAACUUACUCAACGAUGGUUUGGGUUCUCUCUGUGAGCCAACCGAGGCCGCCCUCCAUCUCGUACGAGCCUCUUUCUUUACCUUCUGCUUCUGCUUCACUCUUCUCGGUUCUUAACGCCCUCGGUAUCGUAGCUUUCGCCUUCAGAGGCCACAACCUGGUCUUGGAAAUUCAGGCGACAAUGCCAUCGACGUUCAAGCAUCCUGCUCACGUACCGAUGUGGAAAGGAGCCAAAGUUGCGUACAUUUUCAUCGCGUUGUGCCUCUUCCCCAUAGCUAUCGGCGGCUUUUGGGCGUACGGGAAUCUUAUGCCCUCGGGAGGUAUGCUCACCGCCCUGUACGCCUUCCACAUCCACGACAUCCCGAGAGGCCUCCUGGCGAUGGCGUUUCUGCUGGUCGUGUUCAACUGCCUAAGCAGCUUUCAGAUAUACUCAAUGCCAGCGUUCGACAGCUUUGAGGCGGGGUACACCAGCAGGACGAACCGGCCGUGCUCGAUAUGGGUGAGGUCGGGAUUCCGAGUCUUUUACGGGUUCGUGUCGUUCUUCAUCGGGGUAGCCCUCCCGUUCCUCUCGAGCCUAGCGGGGCUGCUCGGGGGGCUCACCCUGCCGGUGACGUUCGCGUACCCGUGCUUCAUGUGGGCCCUGAUAAAGAGACCGGCGAAAUACAGCUUCAACUGGUACUUCCACUGGGGAUUGGGAUGGCUGGGGGUUGGAUUCAGCCUUGCGUUCUCCAUCGGUGGCAUUUGGAGUAUGGUUACUAACGGACUCAAGCUCAAGUUCUUCAAGCCAAGCUAAUCAUCUCACAGUUUUUGAGUCUGGGGAUUUGUAUUUGUGUUCGUUGGGUUGUAAGAGAUCUUUCUAAUGUUUUGUUUGCUACUGAGUUGAAUUUAGAGUCGUGUUUCUUUUU